AUGGCCGCGGUCGAGGCCCUCCCCACUUUGCCCGCUUCCCGGCGUAGUGAUUCAUUGGAUGACGAGAAGAGCCUUAACGAGAAAGGACAGAGGCGUUCGGUGGAGGUUGCCAGGUCUCUCAAUGGCGCCGACUUUGACGACCUCGGGAUCAUCGACAUAGACGAGAAUGGGAAGGAGAAGCCUAUCGUCACGGAUAUGGACGUGGCUACGCGACUAAUCUCACUCGAAGACGACCCAGCACUCCCGGUCUUCACCUUCCGCAUGUGGUUCCUUGGCUUGGGUCUUUCCUGCUUCGGCGCUGUGCUUGGACAGAUCUUUUAUUUCAGGCCGCAGACCGUCUUCGUCAGCCAGCUCUUCAUCCAGAUCAUUGCCUACAUUCUCGGCGUAGUUUUGGAGGAAAUCAUUCCAGGACCUGGUAACAUUCGCCCUAAACUGCAGACGAAGAACACCGCUUUCUGGAGAUUCUGCAAUCCUGGUCCUUUCAAUAUUAAGGAGCACGUUGCCAUCACUAUUUUUGCUUCCACUGCGGCGGACUCCGCGCUUGCUAUCAGUAUCUUCGCUGCCGAUGAUCUCUUCUACCAAAUCCAGCCGAAUGCGGGUGUGGGCAUAUUUACUCUGAUUGGCAGUCAGUUACUGGGUUACGGCCUUGGUGGACUCAUGCGCUCGUUCCUCGUCUACCCAACCUACAUGGUCUUCCCUAACUUGAUUCCCACCGUCCAGCUAUUCGACGCCCUUCACAGAGGGAAGAAGCUGUUCCUCCAGAAGAAGCGCGUUCGAUUCUUCUGGAGCGUCUUUAUCGGCAUCUUCGUAUGGGAAUGGUUCCCAGAGUAUAUCGCCCCGACGCUCACUGGUAUCAGUAUCUUCUGCCUUGCGAAUCAAGACAGCGCAUGGUUCACUCGCAUCUUUGGUGGUGCUGCUGGUAACGAAGGGCUGGGAAUGUUCGCUUUCUGCUUGGAUUGGAAUUACGUCGGAUCUGGCGGAGGUUCCAUGGGUGCUCUCUUCACCCCGCUGUCGACUCAGCUUUCGUUGUACUUCGGGACAGCUAUUUGCAUGAUUGCGUUCUGUGCCUGCUACGCUAACAACAUCUGGAAUGGACAGAGUUUCCCCUUCCUGUCGCAGCAACUCUUCUUCCCCAACGGCUCGCGAUUCAAUCAGCUCUCUAUCCUCAAUGACCAUUUCCUGCUUGAUCGUGAGAAGUUAGACGAAGUCGGUCUGCCGUGGUUCGCUAGUUCGCAGGUACUCGCGAAGAUCGGCGCCAACCUCGCAAUUGGGGCGACGAUCACCCACGUUGUUCUCUGGUACGGAAAGGAUAUCCUGAAAGUCAUCAGAAACUACAGGGAUGGCGAAAAUGCUGAUCCUCACUACGAAAAGAUGAAGGUGUACAAUGAAGUACCUAUGUGGUGGUACCUUGCGAUCUUCUUCAGCAGUUUCGCCAUGGCCAUGGCUACGAUGUACACCGGUCACUCAGGUCUCCCGUGGUGGGGACUGAUUGUCGGUAUCAUCAUUUCCGCCGCCUUCCUUCCUUUCGUCCUCACCGUCUACGCUAUCACUGGUUUCUCCCCGAAUAUCCAGAGUCUCGUGCAGAUGCUUGGAGCAGCCAUGAUCCCCGGCAAUCCCCAGGCCAACAUGUACUUCACUCUCUACGGUUAUAACACUCUCGACCAAGCCCGCGGUCUCAUCCGGGAUCUGAAGAUGGGGCAGUAUACGAAGCUUCCUCCUCGAGUGACAUUCACCGUUCAGUGCCUUGGCUCCGUUGUUGGUGGUCUCCUCAACUAUGUCAUCAUGAAAUCUAUCAUAUCGUCCCGCCGAGAGAUCCUACUCGACGUUCAGGGUUCCAAUGUUUGGUCCGGUCAACAAGUCCAAUCGUUCAAUUCCAACGCCAUUUCAUGGGGUGCCCUUGGCGCCGAUCUGUACGCUCCUGGUGGCCGCUACUGGAUGGUUCCGUUCGCCGUACUCAUGGGACUCGCUGUUCCAAUCCCAUUCUGGGUUGUCCACAAGUUCUUCCCCAAGCUCAACGCCGACAAAGUUGUCACGCCAAUUCUCUGCUGGACCCUCGGAUAUCUCAGCGUUGGAAUCAACUCCUCAGUUUUCACAACGUUCUGUCUCGCUGUCUUUUCGCAAUACUACCUCCGCCGAUAUCGUCCUGGUUGGUUCCGCAAGUACAAUUUCUUGAUGUCAGCCGCCCUGGAUGGCGGAACGCAAGUCAUGGUAUUCGUCUAUACGUUCGCAGUUGGUGGCGGGAGCGGUAGCGUUGUAGAUUUCCCGAGAUGGGCAUUGAACCCCGCGGGGAACCCUGAUUAUUGUCUUCGCCUUACGUAG